GAUAAAUAGAGGGAAGCGAAGCCGCUGGCGCCGGGAAGAGGGUUUUUUUUUUGCUGGGCGCGAGGCAGCGCGGCUUUUCUUCUCCGACUUGAAGGUUUCUCCGCCUGAGGGGAGGAAAGCGCGCCAUGGAUCAGCCCGUGCAGACAGAAGUGUGGAAAGCGCAGACGUUAGAGGAGCUGAUCGAGAUCCUGCACCGGCUGUUUGCUGGCGAUAAAGUCAAUGUGGCAGAAGUGCAAAACGUAAUGGAAUCUUACGAGAGUAACCCUGAGGAGUGGACCAAGUAUGCCCAGUUUGACCAGUUCAGAUAUACAAGAAAUCUUGUGAAUGAAGGAAAUGGAAAGUUCAAUUUGAUGCUCUUAUGCUGGGGAGAAGGACAUGGCAGCAGCAUCCAUGAUCACAUGGAUUCGCACUGCUUUAUGAAGAUCCUUCAAGGAAAUCUGAAGGAAACACUGUUUGAAUGGCCUAGCAAAAAGGGAGGUGGAGAGCUGCUGAAGAAAUCUGAGAGAGUUUUGAGGGAAAAUCAGUGUGCCUAUAUAACAGAUUCCAUUGGCUUGCAUCGUGUGGAGAACCCAAGCCAUACAGAAACUGCUGCUAGUCUUCAUUUGUACAGUCCACCCUUUGAAACCUGCCAUGCCUUUGAUCAAAGAACUGGACAUAAGCAAAAAGUUAAAAUGACAUUCUAUAGUCAGUUUGGGGAGAGGACUCCAUAUGCAGCUUCAGUUUCACAAGAGAACAACUGAGGAACGUAAAGAGCACUGACUUUGGGAGGAUUUUCUUUCUUUCUUUUAAAGCCGGAGCAGAAGGCUCAAUGGUUGAUUCCUGUUGCAACUGUGCUGAAUGUUCUGUACCCACAAUUGCAAUAGGACAGCUUCCAUAGUUGUCCAGAAUGAUUUCUCAUUUUGAAUUCUAAAGAGAGUAUUGCCUUGGACUACUGUAGAGUUCCAAUGCCUUUUGUAGUCAGCGAUAAAACAAGAGUCUCUAUUAAUUCCACUGUGACUGUAACCACAGAAGCUUGGGCUUUUAAAUAUGGCGGGAGUCUUUUAGCAGCCUCACAUGUAUGAAUGUAUGGCAGUUUAACGUGCCAUGGAACUUUUAAACCUUCAGUCAACAUUUAAUGCCUCUUCAUCUGUAGUGUGUGUUAACAGCUUUGUCUGAUUUUGAUUAAAUGAACCAUUGUAACUGUUAAAUAGUUUAUGCAUUUUCAAAUCUUAUUUGUAAAAAAUCAGUUUUUUAAAAGAAGGGAGCAAUAACUAAUGCCCUGUAUAAUGUUGCUUUUAUUCUGGAAGGAGUGUCUGUUUUUAAAAGUUACUAAUCAUGUUGAAUAAGCUUCCAUUUUCAAGGACCUUUUGAUAGUUGGAUCUACAUAUCAACUCAAAUAAAGAUGGAUUUAGACAUACA